AUGUCUGCCGAGCCAGAGCACUCGCAGGGCAAGAGCAAGGUCAAGCUCGACAAUGACCCCUCGGGCGCCGAGCAGAAGAAGGAGGACGAGGUGGCAACGGCCAUCCUCAAGAAGAAGAAGAAGCCAAACAGCCUCAUAGUCACCGACGCCACGACCGAUGACAACUCCAUCAUUUCCUUAUCCAACAACACCAUGGAGCAGCUGCAGCUGUUCCGUGGUGACACCGUCCUCGUCAAGGGCAAGAAGCGAAAGGAUACCGUGCUCAUCGUCCUCGCCGAUGAUGACCUGGAGGAUGGCUCAGCGCGCAUGAACCGCGUGGUACGACACAACCUGCGCGUCAAGCUGGGCGACGUUGUCACAGUCAACCCGUGUCCCGACAUCAAGUACGCCAAGCGCAUCGCCGUCCUCCCGAUGGCCGAUACCAUCGAGGGCCUCACUGGCUCCCUCUUCGACGUUUUCCUCGCUCCAUACUUCCGCGAAGCCUACCGUCCCCUACGACAAGGCGACCUUUUCACAUGCCGCGCUGCCAUGCGCACCGUCGAGUUCAAGGUCGUCGAGAUUGAUCCUCCAGAGUACGGCAUCGUCGCCCAAGAUACCGUCAUCCACUGCGAAGGCGACCCUAUUCAGCGUGAAGAUGAGGAGGGCAACUUGAACGAGGUCGGCUACGAUGAUAUCGGCGGCUGCCGGAAGCAGAUGGCUCAGGUGCGUGAGUUGGUCGAGCUGCCUUUGAGACAUCCUCAGCUCUUCAAGUCCAUCGGUAUCAAGCCUCCGCGUGGUAUCCUCAUGUAUGGUCCACCGGGUACCGGUAAGACUCUCAUGGCCCGAGCUGUUGCAAACGAGACUGGUGCCUUCUUCUUCCUCAUCAACGGUCCCGAGAUCAUGUCAAAGAUGGCUGGUGAGUCGGAGAGCAAUCUGCGGAAAGCUUUCGAGGAGGCGGAGAAGAACAGCCCGGCCAUUAUCUUCAUCGACGAAAUCGACUCGAUUGCUCCCAAGCGUGAGAAGACAAACGGUGAGGUCGAGCGUCGUGUCGUCUCUCAGCUCCUCACCCUCAUGGACGGUAUGAAGGCUCGCUCCAACGUCGUUGUUAUGGCCGCGACCAACCGCCCCAACUCCAUCGAUCCCGCCCUUCGUCGUUUCGGCCGUUUCGAUCGAGAAGUCGACAUCGGCAUUCCUGACCCAACCGGACGUCUCGAGAUUCUGCAGAUCCACACCAAGAACAUGAAGCUCGGCGACGAUGUCGACCUCGAGCAAAUUGCCGCUGAGACUCACGGAUAUGUUGGUUCCGAUAUUGCAUCCCUCUGCUCGGAGGCCGCCAUGCAGCAGAUCCGUGAGAAGAUGGACCUGAUUGAUCUGGACGAGGAUACCAUCGACGCUGAGGUGCUCGACAGCCUGGGUGUCACGCAAGAGAACUUCCGCUUCGCUCUCGGUGUCAGCAACCCAAGCGCUCUGCGCGAGGUUGCCGUCGUCGAGGUACCGAACGUGCGGUGGGAAGACAUUGGUGGUCUUGAGGACGUCAAGCGCGAACUCAUCGAGAGCGUGCAGUACCCCGUGGACCACCCCGAGAAGUUCCUCAAGUUCGGUCUCAGCCCAUCUCGCGGUGUGCUCUUCUACGGACCACCUGGAACUGGUAAGACGCUGCUCGCAAAGGCCGUCGCCAACGAGUGCGCUGCCAACUUCAUCUCGGUCAAGGGACCCGAGCUUCUCUCCAUGUGGUUCGGUGAGUCGGAGAGCAACAUCCGUGACAUUUUCGACAAGGCCCGCGCAGCCGCUCCUUGCGUGGUGUUCUUGGAUGAGUUGGAUUCCAUCGCCAAGUCCCGUGGCGGUAGCGUCGGCGACGCAGGUGGUGCCUCCGAUCGUGUCGUCAACCAGCUCCUGACCGAGAUGGACGGCAUGACCAGCAAGAAGAACGUCUUCGUCAUCGGCGCUACUAACCGACCAGAGCAGCUCGACAAUGCUCUGUGCCGUCCAGGUCGUCUCGACACGCUCGUCUACGUCCCGCUGCCCGAUCAGCCCGGCCGUGAGAGCAUUCUGCGGGCUCAGCUCCGCAAGACGCCGGUCGCACCCGAUGUCGACCUGUCGUACAUCGCGCAGAAGACCCACGGCUUCUCCGGUGCCGACUUGGGCUUCAUCACCCAGCGCGCCGUCAAGCUCGCCAUCAAGGAGAGCAUCGGCAUCGCCAUCGAGAAGGAGAAGGCGCGCGAGGCCGCGGCCGGGGACGACACGAAGAUGGAGGAGGACAUUGAGGAGGAAGACCCGGUGCCAGAGCUGACGAAGAAGCACUUUGAGGAGGCGAUGAGCAUGGCUCGUCGCUCGGUCACGGACACGGAGAUUCGGCGCUACGAGGCGUUUGCCCAGAGCAUGAAGACCAGCGCUGGUGGCAGCGCGUUCUUCCGCUUCCCCGAGGACGGCGCCAACGGCGGCGAGGCCCAGCAGCAGAACGGUAAGGCCGAUGACCCUUGUUGAUAUGUGAUGACAAGAUGCUAACACGUACUGCAGGCGCUGGCGAAGAGGAUCUCUACGACUAA